AUGUCAUCGAAUGAUAAAAAUUUGUCUACAAGCUUUAAUUUCUUCAAAAAAAGAAAAAAACACAAAUCCAACAAAUCCAACAAAUCCAAAGAGCAUUUAUCGCCGAUAUCGAAUUUAUCGUUUUCUGAGUCGUAUUUGAACGGUUCUCAGAAUUCGAGAUUAACGCCUCUGAAGUAUACUUUGGGUAAAUCGGGAAAGAGAGGGAGUUUUAGAGGCUUACUGAGUGACUUUGGAACUCCAGCGUCACAGGCCUCAGUCACACAAAACUCAACAGAAAAUGAUGAAAAUGAUACCAUACCACAUAGACCUUUCAUUAAUCUCGAACUCUGCAAACCUUACAAUUAUAUCUUCUGGAUGAUACUUGGGAAUAAUAACAUCAUUUCAAUGUUCAACUUAGAACAACAAUUCAUACAACAAUUCAAAGACAUUGGUAAAAAAUGUGAGUUUGGAUAUGGUAUAGAAAAGUCGAUAAACCGUGUAAUAUAUAAUUCUAUGAAGGAGAUUUACGAGUCUUACCGUUACCUUAUGGACAACCAGUGUCAGAUAUCUAACUGGUCCACUGUUUACCUAAACUCCUACCUCUUUCUCAAACCCGUCAAUCUCACCAACUUUCAAUACCACUUUCAUACCCUUAAACCCUACCGAGAGAGUAUGGAAGAGGAGUAUAGAGAGAUAGAUGAAUUGGAGAGUGUGAUAGAUAAUGUGAACAUUGGCGGUGAAGUAAUCAGCGGUCCGGUUUUCAUACACGAGUCACUCCUCCAAUCCUUCAACAACAAUUUCGAACUCUUACCCUCUAAAAUAAGUAAUGUGUAUGAUUAUAAGAGGAAUGGUGUGGAGUAUGAUUAUUUGCACAAUUUGAUAAAUCGCAUGUUGUAUGAUCGCGCUUUAAAGCAGUUAAUUGUUGUUAAAUCCAAUGUCGAUAUCGAUUCCAUUAAUCUUAAUCUUAUCGAGGGAUUUACGUUGAGUAACUUGAAGAGUGGUGAGAAGUGUUGGUUACCGAUUUACUUGAGUGACAAACUAUCGCAUGACGGAUUUGUGACAGUAGAGUUACCGCAAAUCCUCAGAAAAGAAUAUUUAAGAAGUUUACGAACUUUGGAAGAGAAAUCUGAACCCCUACAACAACUCCCCAACGAUUACUUCUUCGAACUCACUCACAUCUUCACCAAAUCCAAAUUAUUUAAGAAGUUGUAUAUACCGAACAUGAGGAAGAACGAGGAUGUCUACGGUUACAUAUCAAAGAUUUCCGGAAUUGUCGAAGAUAUCAGAUACACCAGACUCAAAAAGAUCUACAACUUUUUGGAGAACUUGGAGAUGCAGGAGAAGAUUAUCAAGCUAGACAACUUCCAAUUCUCAGAAACACACAUCAUAAACCAGUAUUUGAGUGGGUAUUGUUCGUUUGAUGAUAGGACUAAGGAGACGUUGAGGAUGCCUUGGAAGCAAGUGAGUCAUCUGGUUUCAGAUUUAGAAAAUAAUCUCAUGGACUCACUUAACCAUAAUAUAAUCUAA